ACUGGUUUUAUUAAAGAGUGAAUGAGGACAGCGCAGUUUUCCUGCUGUGGAUAGAUACUGGAUACUGUCUGAUCAAAUAUGUCUCACACUGUGACUCUCGCCGGUCCCUCGCCGUGGGGUUUUCGACUGGUGGGUGGACGGGACUUCAGCACACCGCUCACCAUCUCCAGAAUAACACCUGCGAGUAAAGCAGCGCUGAGCGACUUGUGCCCUGGAGACACCAUCCUAACCAUCAAUGGAGAAAGUACAGAGACCAUGACACACAUGGAGGCUCAGAACCGCAUUAAAGCCUGCACAGAUCAGCUUGUGUUGGCCAUCAGCAGAUCUGGAAAGGUUUGGUCUCCAACUGGAAUAGAAGAAACCAAGACAAGUCCAUACACCGGAAUACUGGAGUCGGAGUCACAGACCUUUCGACCAAUCAGCAGUGGCUAUAGCCCCACUCCGAAGAGUCCAUCGCCCAAGAGUCCCAUCACAGGCGGUGUGUCCCACAAUAACGGCAACUCAAGACCAACGUACAACAGUCCAGCCGGACUGUAUUCGCACAACAACGGCAAUGGUGCCCUGCCAAAGCAGAUGGCAGGCCUCAGCCUGGGCUCUCCUCACAGUUUCAGCCCUGAACCACCAAUGAAUUCAUCAGGCAACCGCAAUGGUUUCGACCCGCAGUCGGACGUCUACAGGAUGCUUCAGGACCCCGAGGAACCUGUGUCCGCUCCCAAACAAUCUGGCUCCUUUAAAUACCUGCAGGGAAUCCUGGAAGCUGAGGAUGGGGGGGUCUCACCGGUGGACAGGCAUGGGGUUCGAGGCUUGCGCUCCCCGGUUAAAUCCCCCGUCCCGAAGCUGGGCAGCCCCAUCACGGCUCCUCUGGCGCCCAUGGCCGGCCUACAGAAGCUGCCUCAGUGCACACGCUGCGGGAACGGCAUUGUGGGAACGAUUGUGAAGGCCAGAGACAAGCUGUAUCACCCCGACUGCUUCAUGUGUGAUGACUGUGGGCUGAAUCUCAAGCAGAAAGGAUAUUUCUUCAUCGAUGAGAGUCUGUACUGUGAGACUCACGCCAAGGCUCGUGUCCAGCCUCCCGAGGGCUAUGACGUGGUGGCCGUCUAUCCCAACUCCAAAGUGGAGCUGGUCUAAGCACACACACACACACACACACAGGUUUCGUUGAGGAUUCAGCUAGGCAAAGUGGAAAUGAGAAUAACAAACUCCUGAAGCUCUUCUUUCAGCUCCUGCUCGACUUUAUCCCGGACUCACGUUCUGUAGUUCGCUAACCUCGUACUGAAAUCCACUUCUCCCUGCAGCCGUUCUAACAAUCUGACAGAGCAAUUCUGCUACUGCUUUAAGAAGAAAGUUUGACAUGUAAG